AUGAAACGUCACGGUGAAGAUUCGUAUGGAGGCGACAGGAACACGUCAAGUGGUAAGAGGCAAAGGCCCGAUAGUUAUACUGAGGCGAUAGCAGCUGGAAAAUAUGAAUUGAAAUUACUGGUGUCAAGUCGUAAUGCCGGUGGUAUUAUUGGUAAAGGUGGCUCAAAUAUUAAACGACUGAGAAGCGAAUUCGAUGCGACUCUCACUGUUCCUGAUAGCCAGACGCCCGAACGGAUAUUAACGAUUGUUGCUACGGUUGACAAUGUAAUCAAGUGUAUUAGUGAUAUCAUCCCACGAUUGGACGAGUUUCAAAAUCGCAACGACGAAAGUCGGCGGCGUGAAGGUGAUGUCCGAAUGUUAGUCCACUCAUCACACGCUGGUGCAGUUAUUGGUCGUGGUGGCUCAAAAAUCAAAGAAAUUCGUGAAGAAACUGGAACUCAACUGAAGGUUUAUGCACAAUGUUGCCCACAGUCAACUGAACGAGUUAUCCAGAUCAGUGGGAACCCAGAUCAAGUCAUUGACUGCGUUAAGCUGAUUAUAAAUAUCUUAAAAGAGAUCCCACUGAAAGGCACAAACAAACCUUAUGUAUCAAUUUAUUAUGACCCUACUCGUGUUGAAGUUUAUGGGGGAUAUCCACCAGAUAGAAAUUACCGCGACUUUUCUCGAGGUGGCUUGGGCAUGGCAGUUGAGCUACCAUCUUAUGGAAUCGGUAUGGACAUUCGAGGUUCACGUGCUUUUGGAAAUCGAGGACCAAUGGGUUCUCCCGCAAUUCCUCCAUUUUCAUUGCGACAGGAGCAAACUACGCAAGUAACCAUUCCAAAUGAAUUAGGAGGCACGAUAAUUGGUAAAGGUGGAGAACGUAUUAGUAGAAUAAGGGAGGAAUCUGGUGCAGUGAUAACUAUUGAGCCUCCACAGGAAGACAAGGAACGUAUAAUAACGAUUUCAGGGACACAAGCCCAAAUACAUGCUGCGCAGUAUCUUCUCCAACAGUGCGUUCGUUCAUCUCUUGCUGGAAGACGGUAUCUUAGUCAGCACUGA